GGAGGAGCCUCAGGGCCGAUGCUAGCUGUUUGGUGCCCUGAGGAACAAAUGGUGUAGCCUACAAAAGCAACUCAAACCGGGAAUAUUUGACAAAGGAGGACCAAAAGCUAGCUGAGAGAGGAGCUGCUGAAGACAGGACAUCAGGAAGAACCAACAUACUGGCUUCUCUUGAGCCCUUUUACAAUCAAAUUUUGGCUCCUGAUUCUUGUUUUUCUCGACUAACGCAACUUUUGUCAGUCAUGUCGGAGGAAAAACAGUUGUCCUUCACCGAAGCCAUUCUGAAGGCGAGCCCAUCCCUCACCCGCUUCCCUCUCAUCUCCAUCAAAGGGGUUCCUCUCAAGAGCUACAUCGCCAACAACUGGGACGAAAUCUGGGCUUUCCGUCCUGACCCCUCAGACCUCCUCAUCGCCACCUACCCCAAAGCAGGGACCACAUGGACCCAGGAGAUAGUUGACCUGCUCCUUCACAACGGAGAUGCUGAGGCCUGCAGACGAGCCCCAAUGCCCAUCCGCUUUCCUUUCCUGGAGAAUUUCUAUCCACCACCCAUCCCCUCAGGUCUUGAUCUUCUGAAGACCAUGGAUCCUCCAAGAAUUAUCAAGACACAUCUUCCUUUCCACUUGGUGCCUCCUGCAUUUUGGGAAAACAAGUGCAAGACUAUCUACGUGGCACGCAACGCCAAAGACAACAUGGUGAGCUAUUACUACUUUGACCGUAUGAAUCUGACCCAGCCUGAGCCAGGACCCUGGGAGGGCUACAUGCCCAAGUUCAUGCGGGGAGAGUUGUCAUGGGGCUCCUGGUACGAUCAUGUGAAAGGUUACUGGCUGGAGAGAGAGAAGAAGAAUAUCCUUUACCUCUUCUAUGAGGACAUGAAAGAGAAUCCUCGGCGUGAAGUGGAGCGCAUCAUGAGGUACCUGGACUUGUCGAUCUCUGAUGAGGUCAUCAGCCAGAUUGUGGAGCUCACAUCCUUCAAGAUCAUAAAGGAGAACCCGAUGACCAACUACUCCUUCAUGCCAGUACCUAUGUUUGAUCAGACCAUCUCCCCCUUCAUGAGAAAAGGUAUAGUAGGUGACUGGGGAAACCAUUUCACACCCGAGCAAACAAAGACGUUUGAUGAAGACUACAAAAAGCAAAUGAAGGAUGUCAACAUACCAUUCAGGACCAACAUUUGACGAGCUAAAUGCCAAAACAAAAAUAUUUUUUGAGCCUUGAUGUUAAACACUGUAAUCACUUUGCCUCUUGAUUUGUAGAUACGGAGGAAAACCAUCCAAAUGUACGUUUAAAGGAUCAAUAAAAAUGGGCUCCACAAUACAA